CCCUCGUGGUUCAAGUUCAACCACCCCAUUUUGAGAGAUAGUUACACCCACUCCUCUUCCAGAACAGGCAAGAGCGCUACCACUGCCUGGCCUUGAGGGGAGUCUCCUCUCCGGAUGUGACAGCACGCUGACCCGGAAAAGGAGGGCGCCGGGUCAGUGGGUCCUCGGCCGCGGCAAUGGAGGCAGUCGGCUACAGGGUGGUGUUCGAGAAGGGGGGCGUGUACCUGCACACCAGUGCCAAGAGGCAUCAAGACCCAGACUCCCUCAUCGCGGGUGUCAUCCGUGUUGUGGAGAAGGACAAGGAUGUCUUCCUGCAUUGGGCUCCUGUAGAGGAAGCUGGAGAUGCCACCCAAAUCCUGUUCUCCAAGAAGGAUGCCAGUGGGGGUGACUCCUGCACCUCUGAGGACGAACCGACCUUUGACCCCGGCUAUGAACCUGACUGGGCUGUCAUCAGCACUGUGCGGCCACGGCCUCGCCACUCAGAACCCACAAGAGGUGCGGAGCCCAGCUGCCCCCGGGACUCCUGGGCCUUCUCGGUGAGCCUGGGGGAGCUCAAGUCCAUCCGCCGGUCCAAGCCGGGCCUCAGCUGGGCCUACCUGGUCCUGGUGACCCAGGCCGGAGGCUCCCUGCCCGCCCUGCACUUCCACCGUGGGGGCACCCGCGCCCUGCUCCGUGUCCUCAGCCGCUACCUGUUGUUGGCCAGCUCCCCACAGGACUCCCGCCUCUACCUCGUCUUCCCCCACGACUCCUCCGCCCUCUCCAACUCCUUCCACCACCUCCAGCUCUUUGACCAGGACAGCUCCAACGUGGUGUCUCGCUUCCUCCAGGACCCCUACUCCACCACCUUCAGCAGCUUCUCCCGCGUGACCAACUUCUUCCGGGGAGCCUUGCAGCCACACCCAGAGGGGACGUCCCCCGACCUUCAUCCAGCCCCCGAUGAUGAGCCCGAGCCUGGGUUCGAGGUCAUUUCCUGUGUGGAGCUGGGUCCUCGGCCGGCUGUGGAGCGCGCGCCUCCAGUCACAGAGGAGGAGUGGGCCCGCCACCUGGGCCCCGAGGGCCGCCUGCGGCAGGUCCCCGAGCUGAGAGCCCGGAUCUUCUCAGGAGGUCUGAGCCCCAGCCUGAGGCGAGAGGCCUGGAAGUUCCUCCUGGGGUACCUCAGCUGGGAGGGCUCAGCGGAGGAGCACAAGGCCCACGUGCGCAAGAAAACGGACGAGUAUUUCCGAAUGAAGCUGCAGUGGAAAUCGGUGAGCCCCGAGCAAGAGCGGAGGAACUCACUGCUGCACGGAUACCGCAGUCUCAUAGAGAGAGACGUGAGCCGCACGGACAGGACCAACAAGUUCUAUGAGGGUCCCGAGAACCCGGGGCUGGGCCUGCUGAAUGACAUCCUCCUCACCUACUGCAUGUACCACUUCGACCUCGGCUACGUCCAGGGCAUGAGUGACCUUCUCUCUCCAAUCCUCUACGUCGUUCAGAACGAGGUGGAUGCCUUCUGGUGUUUCUGUGGCUUCAUGGAGCUUGUGCAUGGGAACUUCGAGGAGAGUCAGGAGACCAUGAAGCGGCAGCUCGGGCAGCUCCUGCUGCUCCUCCGGGUGCUGGACCCGCCGCUUUGUGACUUCUUGGACUCCCAGGACUCUGGCUCUCUCUGCUUCUGCUUCCGGUGGCUGCUCAUCUGGUUCAAGAGGGAAUUCCCCUUCCCGGAUGUCCUUCGGCUGUGGGAGGUGCUGUGGACAGGGCUUCCGGGCCCCAACCUGCACCUGCUGGUGGCCUGCGCUAUCCUGGACAUGGAACGGGACACCCUCAUGCUUUCGGGCUUCGGCUCCAAUGAGAUCCUCAAGCACAUCAAUGAGCUGACCAUGAAGCUGAGUGUGGAGGACAUACUGACGCGCGCCGAGGCCCUCUACCGGCAGCUGACCGCCUGCGCGGAGCUACCCCACAACGUGCAGGAGGUCCUGGGCCUGGCCCUGCCUGCAGAGCCCCGCAGCCCCUCGCCUCCUGCCUCUCCACUGCCGCUGUCGCCCACCCGGGCCCCACAGGCCGCCCCACUCCCCCCAGACACAGCCCCGCAGCCGGACAGCAGCCUGGAGAUCCUGCCAGAGGAAGAGGAGGAGGAAGGUGCGGACUCCUAAGUCGCUGGGCUGGCGGCAGCCUGCCCCGCACAGCACUUUAUCCAGCUCCGGCCCCACCACCACACCCUGGAGGCUGGGGGUGGAGCAAGCGAAGGGGGCGGGGCUCCUCCUGAUUAGCUGGUUUCAUUAACUGACAUUGCUCGCGUCCCGUUGGCCUCCUGUAGGCUACGAAGGAGGCUGCCUCGUUGCCUUGAACCUGAAUGGGGAGGGGGUGGUACGAGGUCCUCGCUGACCACUCUGCAGAGCAGGUAUCUGACCAUGACCCAACCCGGCCUAUGAGACUUAAAAGGAGGUCCCUUGGGGAUGAGUGGUGGAGGCAGGUCUCGCUUAACUACCUGAGUUUGGGACUUUUGGGGGAGUGAGGAUGGGAUGUUGGGUACGGCCUCCACCUAACAGUUGUGUAGGGACACAUCCUGGACAUAACCUAGAGAAAGAGCCUACAGAGCUGCUCGGACACUCUGAGGACCCUGCCUACCAACUUUGUGUUACUUGAGAAAAAUAAACUCGUGUUUAAUCCAGUCA